AUGUCUUCUUUUCCCAUUCAUUGGGCUGCCACGGCCGCGAGAAUGAAGGCCGCACCCCCGAACAUUAGACCCAAGAUGCCGGCCCAGAACACCACCACUCUGAAGAGAAACAGAUUCAACAUCAUUCCUGAUACGAAGACCAGAAGGGACCGCCUUCUCCACCCGCAAAACGGCCUUCUUCCGCGUCUUCCCCAUCUCGAUGCCUCAUCACUAUCAACCACCCGCCUCCACCCAUCUUUCUUAUUCCUCUCGUCCAUGUCCGCUAUCGACCCUGUCUGUUCCAUCAGUGCUAUCACAUCUUCCUCCACCCUCAACAAACACCAACUCACACAGCUGUUAUCUACUCCCGGCACUGGUGACAUUCAGCGCGAGGGCAUCAAGGCGAACAAUGUCCUACCCCCUUUCACCGUUCUGAUGCUUCAGUAUCAGGCACUUUCAGCUUCGAAUAUGAUUGUCCGCAUGAAGGACAGGCUUCGUGAGAGCAAGCACAACGAUGACCACCUGGUCAGUGGCAACGACAAAGGAGACGGUGAGGAGGAGUGCGCAGGGGAAGACAACAAGGAGGAGGACAAUAGGAAAAUUGAGGGUUAG